AAUUUUGAAAAAAAAAAAAAAGAAUCCAGCACAAAAUAAAAGUAGUCCGGGCUCGUCUAUUAUAAACUUCCUCAAAGUGUUGCAAUUUAAUCAGUGAUUGAAAAACAAGUUAACAAAAAUAAUAUUUAAAUUCAUUCAUUAUUAUCACCGUCAUCAUCAUCACCAUAAAUAAUAAAAUUAAAAAAAAAUAUAAAUACUAAAAUUUGCAAUUUGAAAAUUAACAACAAAAUAAAAUCAAAUAAAAAUUAAAAAUAUUGUGGUGCAAGUAACAGUCAAGUUACAACUACCAAGUUGUUAAAAAAAAAAAAAAAUAUUUCGGGCCAAUACAGUAUACAAUUUAUCACAUGAUAGUAAUAUUUUAAUUUAAAUAAAAUUAUAUGUCAAGAGAGGCUGUAAUAAUUAAAAAGAAAAAAAAAAAAAAAACAACACCCUAUCUGUCAAUAGAGAUAAUAAUCUUUCUAUAAUAAUUUAAAACAAUAAAAAAAAUUAUAUUAAAACACUUGGAAGAUUUCUGACAUUGUCGUCAUUACCUCCCCUACUUUAUCAUAUCAUUGAUACAAGUGAAAAAAAAAAAAAAGAAAGAUUUUCAAGUGAAGAAGGGCUCCGUUAAAAGUCAACCCACCCAAUCAUAUUAUCAUCCACCUCCAAUAAAACUGCCACUUGUACCUUUUAUUAAACUAUAUAAAAUAAAAAAAAUUUUAAUUUUUAAAAUCAGUCAGUGAACCUGCAAGGUUCAGUCAAAUUUUAAUAAAAAAAAUUAUAUAUUUAUUAAUAAUAUAAACUAUUGUUUAUUAAAUUUUUUAAUAACAAUUCCCAAAACGGCAACCCGUCAUUAUAAAUUUGUUGUUCGGGCACGUACACAGUACGACGCGAAACAAAAUUUAUUUUUAUCAUUGAAAUGGAGGAUAAAUCAUCAUCAAAAUUCUCUGAAUAUUUAUUUGCAAAAAUGGGAGGACAUGAUGUCUCGGCCUCACAGGGUCCCAGAAAGGUGACAGCUGAUACUGGAAAAUGGAUACGUGAAAAUAUGCUGUUAAUGGUCACGUUAUCUGGUGUAUUACUUGGUGUAAUUCUAGGAUUUGGAUUGCGACCAUUGGGUCUUGGUGAUGACGCAGUUAUGCUGAUUAGUUAUCCUGGUGAACUAUUUAUGAGAUUACUUAAACUCAUGAUUCUUCCAUUAGUUAUUGCAAGUUUAAUUUCUGGAUCAGCAAGUUUAAAUGCCAAAAUGAAUGGUAAAAUAGCUGUUAGAACACUUGUUUAUUUUAUUUUAACAUCAUUAUUUAAUGCAAUACUUGGUGUUGGAUUAACAUUAUUAAUACAUCCUGGUAAUGCUGGUAUUAAAAAUUCACCAGUACUUGCAACACAUGAUCGUGCUGUUAAUAUACUUGAUAGUCUUCUUGAUCUUGGUAGAAAUAUGUUUCCGGAUAAUUUAUUUCAAGCAGCAUUUCAACAAGCACAUACUGUUUAUGUACCAAAAAAACCAAGAGUACAACAAAAUGAUACAACUGAUGGUUUAAUUAUUGAUGAUAAUUCACAUGAUGAUACUGAAGAAUUAUCAAGAGUUUUACAAUAUAGAAGUGGAACAAAUACACUUGGUAUUGUUUUUUUUUGUCUUGCAUUUGGUACAUUUUUGGGUACACUUGGUGAAAAAAAAGGACAAGUUGUUAUUGAAUUUUUUAAAACUGUAUUUGAAGUUAUUAUGAAAAUGGUAUCAAGUGUAAUGUGGUUGACACCUGUUGGAAUAACAUCAGUGAUAGCUGGUAAAAUAUUGGGUGUCAGUGAUUUGGCACGUGUUAUGUCACAACUUGCCUGGUUCAUUGUGACAAUAGUCAUUGGUGUUUUUUUUUAUCAACUCGUCAUAAUGCAAUUAAUUUAUUUGGCUGUUGUUAGAAAAAAUCCAUUUAAAUUCUACGCUGGUUUGGCACAAGGAACAUUAACUGCAUUUGCAAUGGCAUCAACGGCUGCUGCAUUGCCAGUAACAUUUCGAUUGAUGACGGAAAAAUUGCGAGUUGAUACAAGAAUAACAAGAUUUGUAUUACCAAUUGGAUGUAAUAUCAACAUGGAUGGUACCGCCCUGUUUGUUGCAUCAGCAUGUGUUUUCAUUGCCCAGAUGAAUAACAUAUUUUUAGGAUUUGGUGAAGUAAUAACAGUCAUAUUAACAUCAACUGCAGCAUCAUUUUCAUCAGCAUCAGUACCAAGUGCAGCACUUGUACUUCUUCUUGUUGUCUUGAGUGCAAUUGAUGCACCAGUUAAAGAUGUUUCUUUAUUAUUUGCCAUUGAUUGGCUAGUAGAUCGUGUUAGAACAACAAACAACAUGCUAGGUGAUUGCUACACAGCAGCUGUUGUUGAACAUUUAUCAAAAAAAGAAUUAAUGGCACUUGAUGCUGCAGCUUAUCAGUCGGAAUCAGUUUUACCAACGACAAUUGCCAAUGGAUGUAUAUCAGCAAAUCGAGUACCAGAUCCAGACACAGUCAUCGUCGAAAUGCAAGAUGACACACGUAUAACCGGCAUCGCCAAGUAAAGCAAGAAUUGUUGCAUAAGCUACAAAUUGUCUCAAAAUAUAAUUGAAGAGACUGUCUGACCACCGACUGAUCCACCAAUUAAUUCAAGCUAUCACCUGUAAUCAACAAUAGAACGUCCAUAUAGCUAAUUUUUGAAUAAUAAUAUGUUUAAAAUACUCUUAUUAAUUUGCAUGAUUUGUGCCAUUAAUUAUUGACAAUUUAAAAUCACAAAAAAUUAAUUUGAUGAGGAAAAUGUGGCAUAUCAUUGGAAAAUUUUUAUAUGUAUAAUUAUAGGUACAUGAAAGUGAUUAUCAUGAACAACCAUUAACAAAAAAAAAUGUUUCAUUAUUUAAAUGAUUUAAAUUAUUUAAUGAUUUAUUUAUUUAUUUUUUUUCAAUAAAUGAUUAUGGUGCCUUAUUUCAAUAAAUGCAUCAGAAUAAGCAAAAGAAAAACAAUAAAUUGAUCAAGCAAAUAGAAAAUUAAUAUUUUUUUUUUUUAGUUUGUUAUUGGUGCUUUUAGUAAUUAAGAAAUAUUAUUUUACAAUAAAGACAUUCCAAAAGUAUUAAUCAAAAAGGUUAACAAUAUUAAUAACAAUAAUAAAAAAAAAAAAAAAAAGAAAUUAGCAGUAGUUUAAAGUCAAAUAACGUGCGAAACUUUGAGUCCUCGAAAAUGAAAUUGAAUAAUUAAAUUGAUGAUAAAUAAAAAAUAACAAAAUUUGAAAUAAUGAAAAUUGAAAUGAAAGAAAAAACAUUAGGAUGUAAAUAAAUUAAUAAUUAAUUUCUAUUAAAUUUAAAAAAAUAAAUAACGUAUCGAGGAAACAAGGUAACACACGAGAAUUGUAAGACUGUUUGUACCAAGUAAAUAAAUUUUUGAAUAAUACAUUGUUAUAGUUGAUAGAUAAAAAUGAAUAAAAAAAUAUCACAAAAUUCAAAAAACAUAUUUAAAAACAUUCUCGUAAAAAAAAUCAUUAAAUAAAAUGACAAAUAAUUAAAAAUUGAUGUAAACAAUUUAAAACGUAUCACAAUAUUUAAAGAAAGUAGUUAAUAUUAAAAGGAAAAAAAAGUAAAACAGUGUAAAAAAAAAAAAAUCAAUAAUUAACAGUCCUGAGUCUCUCAGAGUCUCUCAACAAUAAUUAAUAAUUAAUAAUAAAAAAAUGUAUAUAAAAAAAAUAAUGUAUGAAUGAUCAUUGAGUUUGUGUGUAGAAUGUUUAAUUACCCGAUGAAUUAGUCAUAUGAAAAAAUGUGCACUUAUUAUACAGGCACACACAUAUUCACAUUUGAAAAAUGAAUUUUAAAAAAUAAUUCGAUAACUCAAUUGACGUUUAUAUAUAGUGUGUUCAAUAAUAAUUUUCAAUUAAUAAAAGUAUUAUCAGUCAGGUUUAUUAACAUGUUUGGAAAGUAGAAUUAAAAAAUGUGUUUUAUUUAUUAAAUAAAUAAAUAAAUAAAAUCCAAGUUGUAUAAAUAUUGUAGUAGAAAUAACAAGUUUAUACAUCAAAUAAAAAUUUAAAAAAAAAAACCUAUCAAAAAAAA